AAGUGAUGAAAUCCAAAAGGUGACUAAAACUGCGAUCUCUGUGUUUCUUAAACUAACUCAAAACCUACCAAAUCUCUUCAACACAACCCCACCAAUAACUCUCAGUCCUUAACACAAGUUCCUUCAAUAGCCACAACCCAAAUUCCCAUCUCCAUUUUCUUUGUCUCAAUGGUUACCUCCAACAAGGUCUAAACUACCUAAACUCAAUGCAAAAAUUGCAGAAUCAAUUAGAUGAGGAUGUAGCUAUUGCUAUGGUGAGACUCUGUGAAUGGAAGAGAGCUUUCGAAAAAAGAACCUAUGGUGUUGUUCCGAAUUUGGAAGGAGGUACAGAGGUUCAAGUUCAUGUUAUUAGAUUCGGGUUUGAGACUGGUGUUGACGUCUUUAAUGCCUUGGUAACUAUGUACGUAAACUGUGGCGAUUUGGCGAGGGCAAUGGUCCUUGUGAUCCAGAUUUAAUGACUAUGACGAGUGUGAUCUUUGCAUGUGAGAGUCUUGGUGAUGAGAGCUAAGGCAGAGAAAUUCAUGGGUAUUUGAUUGUAACAGGGAUAUCAAAUGAUAUUUCAGUUUGUAAUUCUUUGAUUCAAAUGUACUCAAGUCUUAGCUGUUGGGAAACAGUAGAGAAAGUUUUUGAUAGAUUGGAAUUGAGGGAUGUAGUUUCGUAGACAGCAAUGGUCUGAGGUUAUGAGAACAUUACAGCUUGAUAAAGCUAUGGAUACUUAACAAAUGAUGGAACUGCAGGGUUUCAUGUAUGAUGAAAUCACUUUAGCCAGUGUCAGGUCCCGAAAAAAAUUAAACAUGCAUC